AUGUACGAAGAAGUCUGCCUCCUCUGCGGCCGGCCUGUCCUCGCCGACGACCGGGCAUACUGCAGCGACGAAUGCGAGUCUCAAGACGUGAUCUCCCCCUCCAUCUCGACCACCAGCAGCGCACACCCCUCGCCCUUCCUCCGCUCAAACGCAAAUGUCCCCCCGCACCUUGCCGAGGUCCCUGCACUGCUUCCCUCAGCACUCGGACGCUCCUUCGACGCGUCCCGCACACGCCGCAUCCGCCAGUCCGAGUCUUCGUCCUCCGCGUCCUCGACCUCAUGGUCCGCAAUGGACGAUGACGUCUACGACGACUCGGAACCGUCCCCCGCUCUCUAUGGCCCCACUACCGACGACGAGUACUACGGUGUCCACCCGACUACCUCGCGGACGCGCCGCACUUCCUCGGUAUCGACUCCCGGCUCCGGCGUCUCCCCCGGCAUCCCUCCGGAAGAUUACGUUGACGAAGAUGACGCCUCCGACGUCCCCGCGUCCGCCGUUUCCUCGUCGAUUCACUCAAGCCGCCGUCACUCGCGCAAGUCGGCGGAUUUCGGACAAAUGGCCGCCCUUGAUGGCGACGAGCAUGAGGAGAAGGAGGAUACACUGACGGGCAAGAGAAGGCGUAACCGGGCAAGUCUUCCUGCCUACUUCUCCCUUCUUGUCUCCACCUCCACCACUCCCCGCUCGCACAAGACGUCCGCUCUCUCUAUGCUUUCGCGCUCCCUCCACUCCUCGUCAUCACCCCCCACCCCCCGCGUCGCGAACCCUGUCCUGGACACUACUGCUGCCUUCGCCGUGCCUCAAGCUACGCGCGUCUCGAAGACCAGUCCCCAGGCCACGGACUCUGCCGCCCGAGGCCGCAGCAAAAUGCGUGAUCUCGAUGGGCGUUCAUCUUCUCGCCGCUCGCCGACCCGGUCACCCCGGCCGCGCGCUCGCGCUCACCACAGCGCCCAAGUGCGCGCUCGUUUGGACAGCAUGGAGAAGGUCGCCGACUGGGUCGCACACAGCCCAGUGGUCGUCGCCGGUGCCCGUGUGGCACGUCCCCUCGCGGGGCGCAGGAACAGCUCGCCGCCGCCGCUCCCCAAGUUCGAGAAGAUGGACAUCAACGACACGACGUUCGACGGCUUCGCGGUCGAGGACGAAAUGGCGGGGCCCGUGGAUGAUGUCAGGAGGGGCAGAAGGCGGAUGAACGAGCUCGACGAAGCACCGUACAGUGCUGGCCGGAACGCCCCUGGCUACGGCAACGGACGCAGUGGCCUGGUCUCUCGCGAACGCGGCAGGGUUGGCGUCGCUCGGCGAUAG